CCCCCGUUGACUUUGAAGUUUAGCUUCAAUUAGAUCUUAGAUUUCAUCCAAAAUUUCAUCAUCCACCAAUCACAACUCGCCACGUGUGUGUCUCCUUUGUUUGUUAAUCAACUUCUUAAAGCUAUCAUCAGAAUUCAGAUUCCUUGCUUCCACUUAGAAUGUUACUUCUAACACCUUCAAAACCAUACAACUUUUUGUCUUGUUUCUUGUUUUUGAGCUUCAUUUUACCCUUGAUUCUUGGUUUCUUCUGUCUUCCAAGAGAGGAUUUGAAAAUGGGGAAUGCUCUAACUUUGCUGUACGCCCAUUUCUGCAAACCAACAACCACCGCCGGAGACGCUGGAUCCUUUGGCUCCCACGGUGGCUCAUCGGCCGACGGUGGCGUUUCAGCUCUUGCUCAUGAUAUCUUCCAGUUUGAACUCACUUCACAGGUUCCUGAAGGGCUAAGCAACCAUGUGGUUUCAUCCAAGAAAGCUCAGGCCAACUGGUAUAGAAAGCUAUUAGAUGCUUGGAGUGAAGCAAAACCUCCACCAAAAACAUCCGAGGAAGCUUCAAAGUUUAUUGCUGACAAUUUAAAGGAACAUCAAAAGGCAGAUGUUGAGGGACUUUUGGCAUUUUAUGGUCUGCCUCUCCCUCAGACACCUGGCCAGUCUUCUGCUAACUCCCAAACAUCAUUGCCUCAAGGAGUUAAGUUCGAGUUCCAGACUUUACCGGUGGAUAUGAAAGCAAUACCAGAUGGAGAUACCAUAACAGUGUAUGUAAGUACUACUGAACCCUGGGAAUCAUCCAACAUACCUAAGGACGUACGAGUAGCAGCUGCUCAAAGAUCGAAAGCAUGUGCCGACAAGAAUUAUACUAAGGCAGAUGCACUUCAGAAGAAAAUUACUAUUUCAGGAUACAGGGUGUUGAAUGUUCGGAACCAGGAGAUUCUUGCUCGAAAAUAUCGAAUCCGGCUAAGGGGUAUAGAUGCACCAGAGAGUUCAAUGCCAUACGGUAAAGAAGCGAAAGAAGAGUUGGUUAAGCUUGUUGGUGGGAAAUGCUUACGAGUUCUCGUCUAUGGGGAAGAUCGAUACGGCCGUUGCGUCGGAGAUAUAUAUUGCAAUGGAAAAUUCGUACAGGAAAUUAUGUUGAAAAAGGGGCUUGCAUGGCAUUACUCUGCUUAUGACCAACGUAUAGAACUAGCAACUUGGGAAAAGGAGGCUCGAGCGAAGCGGGUCGGUUUAUGGGCUUUACCGAAUCCAGAGAAGCCAUGGGAAUGGAGAAAGGACAAACGACAAAGCAGAUGACAACGUCUAAUACCUUGAAUGAACCACAUUUGACAUGUGCAUGAAGGAAUAUGGGUGCCCUAUAACUUGUACACAAGACCAGGGGAAUCUACAAACCAUUUGACCAUGGUCAAUUUGAUGUUUUAUUCUGAUUUUAGAAAGUGUCAGUAACAUGUAACAUUUGUUCAAACAAUUAAAUCAAGUAUUGUAACAUAUAUAUUUUAUCAAUUUGAUUCUUGUAAAAAUUUAUAGAA